UGUCCGAGGCAUGUUCUCUUUCGCCGUGUUUGCUUUCGAUAACUUUCUGUUAACUGUGAUAUCGACGAGUUAUCGUUAGCAAACAUCGCGUAUCUUAGAAUGAGUGUAGAACGUAAACUGUCGCGACUCGCGUCGGUAAUACCUGUGCCUUUAUUCUCUAUUUUCAUUUUUGUCCAUUUUCUGAUUCAUUGUUUAUUAAUAUUUUUUAUUUAGUGUGUAAUACAUUUUCUUAAUUCUGCUCCUUAAGAUUUGUUGACUUCAAUAUGUAAAUUUCCUUAUACUUAUCCCGUAAAGAGUAGGUCCACAGGCUGUAAUCUAAGUUUACCGACCUCUUUAGGAACAUCUGAUGUGCCCGGGUAGCAAAAGUUCUAAAUCAAUUGGCAUUUAGGAUUAUGGAUCAAACCUAGAACCAUCCAUUGGUCUUAUUUCCCCGUCCUAGAGUUAUCAAGGAACCUUGUCGCCAUUACCCUGAGGCGUCGAUGAAUAUGUGUUAUCUACACGGGUCGGCGCUGGCGAGUGCGGUGGCGGUGAGGGUACUGUGGCGCGACAGUUUACGUGUUGGGCGCGCGGACACUCGAGGAUGUGCCUCACUACUUCAUUAACUCCUCACUCGAAUUCAUUGUAGAUUCGUUUGUUUACUGCGGGUAUUUUCAACACAGCCUUGGCUCGCUUGAACCGUUGACCGUGUUGUGAGUGCGUCUGUUAGUUUGACUGUAGCCGUGACUGAGACAGUGUUGUGACAGUGCUCGUUAGUGCUCGAGGUUUCCUCCGACGACAUGGAUUUGAGUCAGCGGCGGCGCGAGCCGACGUCUUGGUUGGUGUACCCGGAGUCGCGGCUGCAGCGGCUGCUGGCGAACGCGUGCUCGCCGCGCCCGCGCCAGCACCGCGCCGCGCCCGCGCGACCCACCGUCAUCGCCGUGUCCGGCCGCGCUGACGUCACCAGCUUCUUCAACACGCAGAUGGUGUUCGACCUUAACGAAGAGUCGGGGGAACUCAUCAAGUCCCCUUCCCCGCCGCCCAGUCACGAUGGUUCAGCGAGCGGCGAGGGCGACAUCAGCGGCGACGAGCGGCCCCCCUCCCCGCCGCGCGCGCCCUCCGCGCCGCUGCCGCACCCCGCGCACCCCGCGCACCCCUCACACCCCGCGCCGCACCACGCGCCGCACUCGGCCGCCAGCGCCGCCGCCGCCACCGCCGCCGUCCUCAACGCGGCCGGUGCCGGUAGUGCGCUUGCGCAGUUGCAGCACCUCCUGCUGACCCAGCACGGCGCGCACUCGCUGUUGCUGCACACACAGGUGCAGCAGGCGGUGGCGCAGGCGGCCGCCCAGCAGCUACAGCAGCUGCAGGCGCGCGCCAGCGCCGUGCCGCCCUCCACCACAGAGGGCCGCUCGCCGUCGCCGCGCCGCACGCCGCCGGGCGCGGGCGCGUUCCUGACGCCGCACACGCCGGGCUCGGGGCGCGCGCGCUCGCCGCUGCUGCCGCAUGCGCAUGCGCACACGCCGCUGCACGCGCACGCGCACAAGCCGCGCGCGCUCGAGCCCGCCGUCGACGACACCGCCGACCUCGAGGAGCUCGAACACUUCGCCAAGACCUUCAAGCAGCGCCGCAUCAAGCUCGGGUUCACACAGGGUGACGUCGGCCUCGCCAUGGGCAAGCUGUACGGCAACGACUUCUCACAGACGACGAUCUCGCGCUUCGAAGCGCUCAACCUGAGCUUCAAGAACAUGUGCAAGCUGAAGCCGCUGCUGCAGAAGUGGCUGGAGGACGCCGACUCGUCGCUGGCGGGCGGCGGCGGCGGCGGCGGCGGCGGUGCGGGGCUCGGCGCGGGGCUCGCCGAGGCGGUCGGCCGCCGCCGCAAGAAGCGCACCUCCAUCGAGUCGGGCGUGCGCGUCGCCCUCGAGAAGGCCUUCCUGCACAACCCCAAGCCCACCAGCGAGGAGAUCGCCGCGCUCGCCGACUCGCUCUGCAUGGAGAAGGAGGUCGUGCGCGUGUGGUUCUGCAACAGGCGACAGAAGGAGAAGCGGAUCAACCCGCCGGCGGGCGAGGGCAUGGCGGGCUGCGCGGGCGGCGCGGGGGCGGCCGGGGCGGCGGGGGUGGCGGGGGUGGCGGGCGCGCUGCUGCCGGCGCUCGCGCACGCGCAGUCGCACGCGCUGCACGCGCACGCGCACGCGCACCCGCACGCCCACACGCACGCGCACGCGCUGCAGCCGCUGGCGCUGCUGGCCCGCGCGCCGCCGCGCGACUGACGGCCGCGCCGCGUCGCCUGCACACAUAUCCAGAUGUAAAUAGGCCGGGUCCGUCCCGGCGCCGUGUAUAUACGUGUACAUGCGGGCCGCGGCCCGAACACUUUAGCAUUAGGUUUAUCAUAAUAAUAUUAAUAUGUGAAUUUUAUUUAUGUCCCCGAGGCGGGCGGCGAGGCGGCGGCGCGCGCGGGGCGCGGGGGGUCGCGGGGGUCACGGGGGUCGCGGGGGUCGCGGCGGGCCCCUCCCCGCCCCGCGCGCACCGCCCCCCUGUACAGAGCUCAUAUCAGUUAGCGCUCGACGCGUACAUAUGUAUGUAAGGUGGAUGUGUAGAAAAGUAUCUGUAUGUUAUAAUAAAAGUUGAUAGACAUCA